GUUGUGGAGCAUCCUGACGUCUUCUCGGAGCACAAAGUGAAAACGCACCAUCCUCCUCCUCCUCCUCCUCCUGGAUGUCCACACGGAUCUCCAAGGACAGGCUCUGCUCUCCUCCUCCUCCUCCUUCUUCAUCAUUUUCUCUCUUUUUUUAUUUAAAUCUGUUUUUAUUUUCUCGGGUUUCUGGGUUUAUCUGAGCGGAAGUCUCUUUUGUCCGCGGGAUACCGAUGGCCACCUCCGCCUCCAUCCUCAGCAUCAGCACCACCACCAGCGGAGGGCCGACGGGCCGGAGAGGACGGCCGGGACCCGAACAGCAGCACACCUAGCAGCUCCGCCACCGGUGAGGAGAGAAAAACACACAGACACACACACACACACACACUACUACAGAGAGAGAGAGAGAGAUUAGAUUUAUUAAAGGAGGAAAGAGAGAGAGAGAGCGAGAGAGAGGUUAGGGUUAUUAAAGGAGGAGAGAGAGAGAGAGAGAGAGAGAGGAGCUAACACAGGUUUAUACUCUGAGGACAUUUAGAGAGGCUGCACACACACACACACACACACACUCUCUCUCUCUCUCUCUCUCUCUCUCUCUCUCUCUCUCUCUCUCUCUCUCUCUCUCUCUCUCUCUCUCUCUCUCUCUCGGUCAGUUUUGGUUAAAAUCAGAUUUUCGUGUGUUUGUUUCGCUGUGAUCAGUUCAGACUGUUUCUGUCCAAGAGUCUCUGCUCCUCCAGGACCAUCAGGGUCUCUGGUCCUCUGGUCCUCUGGUCCUCUGGGACCUUCAGGGUCUCUGUGGAUUUCAGACUCAAUCAUCACUGGGGGGCAGAUGGAGGAGGAGUCGGGGGUGAUCGGGGGUCAGGGGUCAUCUGAGGCUCAGACUUCAUUAUUAUCCAAACAUUUAAAAAACCUCUUAUUGUAAAAAUAAUCAAAUAAAAACAAUCGACGGUUUAUUCAAAAACAGAAAAUAAAAGUGUUGAAACUUUAAAAAACAUCUUUGCCUUAAUUCUAAAACAGCUGAGUGUCCGCUGACGUCUGAAAACUUUUGAACCGUCAUGAUGCUGUGAGUUAAAAUUUAAGACAUUCAGAGACAAAUGAGGGACUAACAGACAAAGACCAGACACAGACAGACAGACAGACAGACAAAAACAGAGUUAACAGCACAGUUACAGACAGAACUACAGACAGUUAAAGACAGAGCUACAGACAGAGAUACAGACAAUAGUUGAAUAUGAGACGGUGCUCCUCUGUCCACCUUCAAACUCAAUAUUUACAGUUUAUCCUCAUCAGAGAAACAUAAAUGUCAGAUUUAGUAUGAUAAAAAAAUGUCAUAUUUUAGUGUAAAAAUAAAUCAGAUUUUAGGAUGAAAGAAAAUGUCAGUGUGUUAAAAAUUUCAAAUAUGAGUGUGAAAAAAAAAUUAAUAUAUAUAAAAAUAUUAUUUUAGAAUGAUAAAAAAAUAUCGUAUAGUAUUAAAAAAAAAUCAAAGUUCAGUUUGAUAAAAAUGUCAAAUUUUAGUGUCAAAACCAGGUCAGAUUUUAGGAUAAAAAAUCAUCAUUUAAUAGUAUUUUAAGAAUUUCAUAGUAUUGUAUGAAAAAUGUAGUAAAGUAUUAUAAUAAAUAUAAUAGUAUAGUAUGAUAAAAACAUCAUUUUACAGUAUGAUAAAAUUAUCAAUGUUUAAUAUGAAAAAAAAGAUAAUUUUAUUGUACGACAAAAAUCUCAAACUACAGUAAAUAUCAAAAUAAAGUAUGUUAAAAAAAUCAUAUUAUAAUCUGAAUUAUUAUUAAAUGACUCAAAUCUGGUGGGGGUGGAGCUAUAGUACAGGAAGUUACACAGGAAACUCCCCAAGUAUGAAACUGUAGGGGGCGCUAGAGAGCCUUUUUAUAUAAAAUAUUCUAGUUUUAGCUGGGCCUGAUCCCCCUGCUGAAUUUUAUGAGUUUUUGAGCCCGUUCAGAGUUUUUUUUGAGUGGAAAGACCUUUAAAGAUAAUAAUAAUAAUAAUAAUAAUAUUAAUAAUAAUAACAAUAAAAAAUAAUAAUAAUUUAAAAAAUAAUAAUAAUUUAAAAAAUAAUAAUAAUUUAAAAAAUAAUAAUGAAGAAAUAAUAGAUAAUAAUAAUAUAAUAAUAAUAAUAAUAAUAAUAAUAAUAAUAAUAAUAAUAAUAAUUAAUAAUUCCUUCAUAAGGGUUCUGACCGGCUGCUUGCAGCGUCAGCCCGGGCCCUAAUAAUAUUGAUAACAUUGAUAAUAAUCAUCAUCAUCAUAAAUUUUAAAAUAAUAAUAAUAUUAAUAAUAAUAUUGUUAUUAAUAAUAAUAUUAAUAUUUAUAAUAAUAAUUAUAUUAAUAUGUAUUUACUCUUGUCCUUUUGUGUUUCUCGCUCUUUCAGGCCGAAUUCACCAACAUCAGACCGAGCUGCCUUAACUGACCUUUGACCUUUUGUCUGUCCUGACCGGUCACCUCGAACAUCAGGAGUCCGCCGACCAUCAUCAUCAUCAUCAUCAUCAUCAGCCUCCAGCUCUCAGCAGCCAAUCAGGAUGAUCCAAACCUGAGAAUCUGAAGGAUGACGGAGAGCAGGAGGAGGCGGAGGGAGCUGUGAAAGGAUCGAGCUCACCUGAAUGUCGUCUCUACAGGUGUCUGUCGGACAUGACGGCGCCUCAUGAACUCCAAUAACCUUUGACAAACUCAGCAUUUUAAUCAGCAGCCAACCAAAACACAGGAAACCUGCGGCUUCACAACGAUGUAGAAGAAGAAGACGAAGACAGCAGAGACGAUUGUUGAUUCACUGUCCAACAAAGACCACCCUGAUUGUCUCCAACUGAACCUUCGGGAGAUUUCAAGCUCCUCUUUUUAUAUCCAUGAACGUUCAAACACAGGAGAUCAGACUGUUUCAAAGGUCAAAGGGCAAAGACUCCGUUUACUGACCUCCUCAACAACCAAACAGACGAUUGUAAACCAGAACCACCGACGCUGAGACCAUCUGGAACCUCUAUGAGCUCUGAUACUUGAAACUCUUCAACAUAAAGUUAAAACCGUCUGUUGAUCGAGGGUCAAUACUUUGAGUACAAUCACGUUUGGGACGUCGGAAACCUGAGCCUCCAUGAUGACCCAUCUGCACGCCGGGCUGAGCUCGGAGACCACAGAGAAAGCUCGUUUAGAGCUGAACGAGAACCCCGACACCCUCCAUCAGGACAUCCAGCAGGUACAUCAUGAUCAUUCAUGCUGACGGUGUGAAUGUGUGAAUAAUGAUGUUCAUGUGUUCAUGGUUUACGCUGUUAAAGCAGCUGAAGGUCCAACACAGUCCACGAAGUCUGUCCGAUCUUUGGACCACCUGGUCCUGAAAGAUCUCCUCUUGGACUCGUUCUUGUUUCUCAUCAUGUUUCACAGUUUAAAGUGUUUUCGUGUUCUUAUAUGUCCACGUUCUCCCUGCAGGUCAGUUCUGAUUGGUUCUGAUCCGACCCUCUUCUGUAUGUGGAUAUAAAUCAGAUAUCUGAUGUGACUGCAGUGUGACGCUCAGAUCGAGUUUAUCCGACCUUUACGUCAUCAAUAUGAGACAAACGUCACCGUUGAUCGACACAAACAGGAGCGGGAAGAUAUUUGUGUUUUGUGUUCAUGAGGGUCACUUCAGGGACGCGUUCGUUGUUGUAACGUGAACGACGCACAGAAAGAUCGAGUUUAACAAAAAUCGUAUUUUGGUGAAGCUGAAGGCGAACACGUACUGACCCCGCCCACACACACACACACACACACACACACACACACUCCUGUUUAACCCUCUGUUUAUGGAAAGGUGCGGGACAUGAUCGUGACACGGCCUGACAUCGGUUUCCUGCGGACUGACGACGACUUCAUUCUCCGUUUCCUGAGAGCCAGAAAGUUCGACCAGGUGGAGACCUUCAGGCUGUUGGCCCAGUACUUCCAGUUCAGGCAGCAGAACCUCGACAUGUUCCAGAGUUUCAAGGUCUGUUUAUAAAACUGAAGGUUCAUCUCAAACAGAAGUCUGUCAGCAGGUUUCACACUUUAAGUAUUUUAUAUAUAUGUGUGUGUGUUUCAGGUGGACGACCCGGGUAUAAAGCGAGCGCUGAUGGACGGUUUUCCAGGCGUACUGGAGACACCAGACCAACAUGGUCGAAAAAUCCUGAUCCUGUUUGCCUCAAACUGGGAUCAGAGCAGGUGAAACACAGAAAAUGAGCCUCAAUAAUAUCUAGUCUUCAAAGUCACAAACUGAUCUGGUAGGAACUGACAGACGGCAAAAAUCGACGCCAUUCUGGAUGCGGUGAAAAUUUGGGGAAAAUGACACACACACACACACACACACACACACACACACACACACACACACUGUGCCCACAGAGAAAAAGGGUCCCCAUGAAUGUAACCGUGAAAACACAUCAGUGUCCUCAUAAUGUCAUAAAAACCUGUCCGCACACACACACACACUCUUUCUUGUUUAUUGAUUGAUCUGAGAACACAAACAGCUGAUUGUUGUAGUUAAGACUCACAGCGUCUCUAACUAUUGAUCGUCUGUCUAUCUACACCUACUCUCCCCCCCUCCAUCAGGAACUCGUUCACAGAUAUCUUGCGGGCGAUCCUGCUCUCUCUGGAGGUUCUGAUCGAGAACCCGGAGCUCCAGAUAAACGGAUUCAUCCUCAUCAUCGACUGGAGCAACUUCUCCUUCAAACAGGCGUCCAAGUUAACGCCGAACAUCCUCAAACUGGCCAUCGAGGGUCUCCAGGUAACUAACCACUAACCACACACCUGUCCUCCUGUCAGACUCAAGAGGGUGUGUCUGUGUCCUCAUUCCUUCCCUUUCUUCCUCUCCUUGUCUCCUCAGGACAGUUUUCCUGCUCGCUUUGGAGGAAUCCACUUCGUGAACCAGCCGUGGUACAUCCACGCCAUGUACACCAUCAUCAAACCCUUCCUCAAGGACAAGACCAGGAAGAGGGUGAGGCAGCAACAAACACACACAACAACAAACACACAACAACGACAACAAACACAAACACACACAAACACACACAACAACAACAAACACACACUGAUACACACCACCAUCAAACCUUUCCUCAAAGACAAGACCAGGAAGAGGGUGAGGCAGCAACAAACACAAACAACAACAACAACAACAAACACAAACACACACAAACAACAACAAACACACACUGAUACACACCAUCAUCAAACCCUUCCUCAAGGACAAGACCAGGAAGAGGGUGAGGCAGCAACACACACACAACAACGACAACAAACACACACAACAACAAACACACAACAACGACAACAAACAUACACAACAACAAACACACAACAACGACAACAAACACACACUGAUACACACCAUCAUCAAACCUUUCCUCAAGGACAAGACCAGGAAGAGGGUGAGGCAGCAACAAACACACAAACAACAAACACACAACAACAUACACAAACACACACAAACAACAACAACAACAAACACACACUGAUACACACCACCAUCAAACCCUUCCUCAAGGACAAGACCAGGAAGAGGGUGAGGCAGCAACAAACACACAAACCGAUACGCACUAACAACAACAACAAACAAAAACACACACAAACAACAACAACAAACACACACUGAUAAACAUUUCGUGUCCUUGUUUCCUUUCCUCCUGUCUCCUUGUCAGGUUUCCUCCCCUCUAUCCUUUUUAUGUCUCCUCCUUGUCCGACCUUUUUCGUACCAUCCUCAUUUCCUUGGUAUGUCCUUUCCUAUCUCUGUCUCCUCUCCUGAUCUCCUCGUCUCCUUUGCUGAUCUCCAUGUUUCCUUGGUAUAUCCUUUCCUCUGUCUGUGUCCUAUCCUCUUCUUGUCUCCUUUGCUGACUUCCCUGUUUCCUUGGUAUGUCCUUUUCCUUUCUCUGUCUCCUCUCCUCUUCUCGUCUCCUCUUCUGACCUCCAUGUCUCCUCUCCUGACCUCCUCGUCUCCUCGUCUCCUCAGAUCUUCCUCCACGGGAAUAACCUGAACUCGCUCCACCAGCUGAUCCAGCCCGAGUGUUUACCGUCAGAGUUCGGCGGGACUCUUCCUCCCUACGACAUGGGGAUCUGGGCGAGGACGCUGCUGGGCCCGGACUACAACGACGAGACGGAGUAUACGCUGACGUACGACGCGCUCCACGUCAGGGAGAACUGCGGGGGAGGAGGAGGAGGAGGAGGAGACAAGGACAUGAUGAAGAGGUGAGGAGGACUCUGAAACAGUCUGGAGACAAAAACCAGAUCUUUGCCGUCCGCCAGUUCCUGCUGGAUCAGUUUGUGAGGCGAACUUCAUGACAGAUAUCGGAUAGCGGUUAUCGUGACAUAAGGUCGUAUCCUCCGAUCGUAGCUGAUCGUAACCAUUGAUGGAGACGAACAAGUGAAAGGUUUUUAGACGUCAUUUCACCCCGAUGACACCAUGGAUGAGGAGAUGCUGAUUCUAGAAGUCUAGAAGUAGAUUUCCUCCUCUGGAAGGACACAAUCUACUGCUUAUAUGUCUAUGUGUCUGUCUUUAGAGAGACAACUCGUUAUCGUGAGAUUGAACGUGAAUCUGCGGGUUCUUGUGAGUUUAUGAUUCCUGUGUCUGUAAUCCACCAUGAAAUUCACCUCACAAACUGAUCUGGUAAGAACUGGCGAACGGUGAAAAUCGCCGCCGUUUCAGAUGCGGUCAAAAUUCGGGGUCAGUCAGCACCAGUUUGUAACGACGUUCAGUGACUGAUAAAUAUAUAUGCUUUUAUUUUGACAGUCACCAGUUCAGGUCUCUUAAUUUCCUGCACUGUAAAACUGCUUUUAUUUUGAAGGAGCAGCUGAUUCUGCUUCAUACUGACUUCCUGAACUGAUUCUCUUCUUCAGGUCUCAGUCGGCUGUGGAACCAGGAACCCUCAGACCGACAGACCGAGAGACCAGCACCCCUCUACUGGCCCUGGACUGAACACACACACACACACACACACACACACACACACACACACACACACACGUUUAUUUAUAGUUAUCACACACAAACACAUGUACAGAUUUACUACACACUUCUAAGGAACACACAAACACACACACACUCACACUCUCUGUAUCAGCUGUGUGUACGUCUGGAGGAUUUGUCCUGUUUCCUGAACUCUUAAUUUCCUAAACAGGACACACACACACACACACACACACACACAGGACACACACACACUCACACAAACACACACACACACACACUCACACACACUCCUGUCUCUGAGCCGUCUAUUUCCUCCCGCUGAGCCUCUCCUGAUGUCCACCAUGAUGACCAACACACAAACACACACACACACACACUCUCUGCAGUGUGUGUGUGUGUGUGUGUGUGUGUGUGUGUGUGUAUGAAACCAGCAGUGGUGUGACCCCGCCCCUCGUCUUUCACUGGUCAGGGGGUGUGACUCCGACACGUUCAGGUCCAGCUGCACCAACAAGGACUCACCUGAGCAGGUAAAGACCUGAUCAGAGGUUUGGGUUUGAAUAAGGUCCAGGUCCAGGUCCAGGUCCUGGUUCUGGUUCUGGUUCUUCUUAGUCAGGAUGGUCUUGUUCAAACCGGAUCACAGGGACUAAAACUCUGAAAAUGGCGCAGAUACCUGAACUCACUGUGUUCUGUGGGUUUUAGCGCCCCCCUGUGGAGGAGACAAACCUUCCUCCUGUGUUAGAUUCCACUGCCCCCCCUCCAUGUUAAUGGGUCGGUUCUGACCCGUGUCUAAAAUCAGCUGUAAAUUAAAAACAAAACUCCAGUUUGGUUCUAAUCUCCAGGUUUCUUAUUCGGCUCCUCCUAAUCCAGACUGAGUCAUGGAUCUGGAUCAGGAUCAGGUUUAUCUAAUCCAGAUUAAGAUUCAGAACAGGACUACAGGACUACAGGACGGGGUUUACCUGAUCCUGGACUGAACACAGUCCCCUGAUCGAGACUUCUGAAUCUGAACCAGGACCUGAACUUGUUCAUAAACUGAGAUGGAGUCUAAAAACUCAUGUUCCCAUGAUGCUCUGGGGUGGAGUCUAAAUGAUUAGAAACAGGUGGACUCUAACGGCUCUAAACUGGUUUUACUGGUUUCUGCUGCCCUCUGGUGGUCAGACGUCUGACAGCAGCUGUGAGCAGGAGGACGAUCAGAGUCUGAGGAGAUCUUUGUUGGUGGACCUGGGUGAGAAAUGAUGGACCUUCACCUCCGUCACUCCCUCUUUUUCCUCCUGAUCGAGUUUUUCUGAGUUUUUUUUUUUUCGAUUUUUUUUGUUUUUUUUUUAGAGUUUUUUUAUUUUAGUUUUUUCUCUCUUUUUUUUCUCGUUUUUUUUUCUCGUCCUUCUUUAUGAAACUUUAUUCCGACCUGCUGAAAGUUUGUCCUGCACCGACUUCAGUGAGCGGGAAACACGAGCGGGUCGGUUUUUAAAGGGAAGCUCAUUUUAAUUAUUUCAUGUAUAAAUCCAAACUCUGUAAAUCUUCAUCAGCUCUGUACAGACAAGAACCAAACCCCACACAGACCACCAGGAACCAGGACCUGAACAGAACCGUGUUCAGAUGUCGUACCUCCUUCCUGACAGAGUAUUGUACUUCAGUUCAGACCACAGGAUGCCAAAAUGUCACCGUUAACUUUGAUUGUGAAGAAAAACAGCAGAUUGUUUUUAUUGAACUUAUUUAAAGAUUGUAUUUUCUUCUUUUCAUGAUUUCACUCUGCAGAAAAGCAGAACGAUUGUCGAUAUUUGGAGUCAAACUGACCUCCGAGUGAAAAAAACGACCCUCAGAGGUCGUUCAGAGGUCAAAGACGACACGUUUCUCUGUUUGUGAAUCCAGCGUCUGUAUUUUCAGAGUGUCUGAUUGGUUAUCAGGGCUACACUGAUCAGCUGAUCUCCACGCCACUCUCAUGUAUUUACUUUCAAUGAAUGUAUAAAAGUAAAAAACAUCUACACCACCCUGGUUUCACCGCAUCUUCAUUUCAACUUCUGAGGUUCGACAAGACGAAGAAAAAACAGAGAAGAAGAAAAAAACUCCAGAAAAAACAAAAAACACUGAAGAAGAACCGAGAGAAACCAAACAGGUCAGAGGUUCUUAGAGGAACCAAACAGGUCCGAGGUUCUUAGAGGAACCAAACAGGUCCGAGGUUCUUAGAGGAACCAAACAGGUCCGAGGUUCUUAGAGAAACCAAACAGGUCAGAGGUUCUUAGAGGAACCAAACAGGUCCGAGGUUCUUAGAGAAACCAAACAGGUCAGAGGUUCUUAGAGGAACCAAACAGGUCCGAGGUUCUUAGAGGAACCAAACAGGUCCGAGGUUCUUAGAGGAACCAAACGGGUCCAAAGUUCUGAUGCUAAAACAAACAUCUGCAGGAACAUCUCCAACUAAUGAGGUGAAUGUCCGACAGGUUAGUCACAUGACCGGG